UUAGGGCUUCUCUAAUGUGGGAACUUCCUUCGACUGUCGGCCAGUAGCCACCAUCGUUCCAUCUCUCUCUGUCUCUCGCAUUUGCCGUCUCACUUACACAGCUGCCAUUGCCGUCGACUACUAAGCCACCGUCUCCGUCGACUAAUCAGCGACUGUCGCCGUCGCUCCCUGUUGGAACCUUUACUGGUUGGGAGAAGGGACGCGUUUAACAAAUAACCAACCAUUCAUCACAACAAGGGACCAGCCGUCUUCUGGGACUUUUUUGUGUGCUAAUAUUGCAGCUUUUUUCAGCGUUGGAGAGGAAGUCUAUAUGCUGUUAGAUUCUACUCCGUGAGUUAAGAAAUGCCAAGGUUGGUAUGGGUCUAACUCAUAUUAGUCCUUAAAUGGACGAAGUUGACGGAGGAGGAGGUGGAGGAGGAGGUGGGCCAAGAGUCUAGUAGGAAAGGGCAACUUAGGAAGGUAAAUAGAGACUUAGUCGAGCUACCAAGUGUGAAUGGGGUCCGAGCAGAAUAGAAUCCCUCAACAAGAACGGGGAAAGAGAUGGGGUGGAUGUUGGGGUGCAUUAUCUUGUUUUCACUCUCAGAAAGGAGAAAAGCGCAUUGUGCCUGCAUCUCGUUUACCUGAGGGCAAUGUCGUGACAACCCAGCCAAAUGGACCUCAUGCAGCAGGAAUAGCCAAUCAGGCUACUGUGAUAGCUCCAUCCCUUUUAGCCCCACCUUCUUCACCAGCAUCCUUUACAAAUUCUGCACUCCCUUCAACAGCCCAAUCACCUAGCUGUUUCUUGUCGUUGUCUGCCAACUCACCUGGAGGUCCUUCAUCCACAAUGUUCGCUACAGGGCCAUAUGCGCAUGAAACACAACCGGUUUCUCCUCCUGUUUUCUCAGCUUUCACCACUGAACCGUCAACUGCUCCACUCACUCCCCCACCCGAACUAGCUCACCUAACCACUCCUUCUUCCCCUGAUGUGCCUUUUGCUCAGUUCCUAUCCUCAUCGGUGGAUCUCAAAGGAACUGGAAAGGCAAAUUACGUUGCUUCCAAUGAUCUUCAAGCAGCAUAUUCUCUCUACCCUGGAAGUCCUGCCAGUAGCCUCGUGUCACCAAUUUCAAGGACCUCCGGCGAUUGCUUAUCAUCUUCUUUUCCUGAGAGGGACUUUCCACCACAGUGGAAUCCUUCAGCUUCUCUCCAAGAUGGAAAAUAUCCAAGAAGUGGUUCUGGUCGGCUAUUUGGACAUGAGAAAACUGGCACACCUCUUGCUUCUCAGGAUUCUAAUUUCUUCUGCCCUGCUACAUUUGCACAAUUCUAUCUGGACAAUCCACCAUUCCCUCAUACUGGUGGGAGGUUAAGUGUAUCAAAGGAUUCAGAUGUUUACGCUUCUGGUGGGAAUGGAUACCAAAACCGGCACAGUAAGUCUCCAAAACAAGAUGUGGAGGAAAUAGAAGCUUACCGAGCAUCUUUUGGUUUCAGUGCCGAUGAAAUUAUAAGUACCACACAAUACGUGGAGAUAUCUGAUGUAAUGGAAGAUUCCUUUACUAUGAGACCUUUUACUUCAACUAGUCUGUCUGCAGAAGAAAGUAUUCAACCUCCAUUAGUGGGUGAAAAACUGAAAUCCACGCAGGCAACUUUACAGAGUCAAAGAAGUAUUAAAUCAGCAUCUGACGUUGUUGAAAAAGAAACCUGCUCUGAAGUCCUGGCAUUAUGCAAUGGCUGUAAAGACGAUAAAUUGCAAAGACAACCUGGUAACUUGCCAGGAUCAAGUACUUCCCAAGGUGAAACAGAAGACCUAUUCUCAAGAAUAGGGUCGUCCAAAAAUAGCCGCAAGUAUAAUCAUGCUUUAUCCUGCUCUGAUGCAGAAGUUGAUUACAGAAGAGGAAGGAGCCUGAGGGGGGAGGUCAAGGGAGAUUUUUUAUGGCAUGACUAAGAGCCAUUUCUGAAAUAGUUUGUAGUAUGUGUAUCUGUUCUUUGCUUUGCGGGUUUCCAUGGAAUGUCUAACCUAUGACCUACCUGUUCUCUGAGUUGACUUGAUCAGUGGAUGGAUGCAUAUAGUUUGUGUUCUUUAUCGUUCCAGUUUAGAAAUGGAAUGGGUCAAAUCUCUGUAUUUGGUAGACGAAGUGUCUUUUUUCCAAUGAAUUAUAUAAUAGCAUGUACAAUCUUGCCCA